AUCUUGCAGCUCAGUCGCGUGGUGACCCACCUCGUGGACUGAUACGAUGAUGUAGCCUAGGGGGUGGCUCGGUGUUGAUAGGAUACACCGCUGGGAUCAGUCAGAGGAGGACUCCUGAAGUAUAUAAAAGGGCAUUGCAAUCACUCCUUACCUCUGCCACAAUGCGUUACAUGAUUCUCAGCAGCCUGGCCACUGCGGCCACGGCAGUCACCGUGAUCGACCGGGACUUUGUCGUGCUUGGAGGCGGAUCCAGCGGCACCUACGCGGCCGUACAGCUGGUGGACCGUAACCAGUCCGUCGUCGUGGUCGAGAAGCAGGGCCGACUGGGAGGAGCCACGCUCACCUACUACGACCCCAGCACCAAGAAGCCGUUCGACUACGGCGUGCAGUUCUUCAACCCCCUUGACGUGGUCACCGAGUACUUCGAGCGCCUGGGCAUCUCGACCGGAGCCACUUCAGCCAGCGGCACCAGCGUCUUCGCCGACUUCGCCGAGGGCAUCCUCCUGCCCAACCUCACCUACACCUACGGCGCCGACUACGACCGCGAGCUCGAGAAAUACCCCUACCUGGCAUCGGGCUACCACCUGCCUGACGACAUCCCAGAGGACCUCCUCCUGCCGUGGGUCGAGUACAUCGAGAAGCACAACCUCACCACCUCCGCCAUUGGCAGCUUCCGCCAGCCCAACCCAGCUGGCAACCCGCUGCAGCGUCUGGCCGUCCACGAAUUCAACGGCCUCAACCGCGUCAUGGUCGACGAGCUGAACGGCCACGCCAUCCACCAGACCGACGGCGACAACAGCGCCAUCUACACCAAGGCCACCAGCAUCAUCGGGUCCGACAACCUCCUCCUCAACGCCACCAUCUCCUCCGCCAACCGCACCGACUCCGGCAUCCAACUCCACAUCUCCACCCCCGACGGCGACUCGCUGAUCCGCGCCAAACAGCUCCUCGUCGCCGCGCCUCCGGACGCUUCCAACCUCUCCCCUCUCUCCCUCGACUCCCGCGAGAAGUCGACUCUCAGCGAAAUCGCCGGCUACCCGUUCUACGUCGGCAUCGUCUCCAACACCGGCCUGCCCGACGACUACAGCUUCAAGAACGUCGGCGCGAAGACGCAGUACCACGUGCCGGACCUCCCCUUCGUCGUGACAAUCACCGCCUCGCCUCACAUCCCCGGCGUCUUCUCCUACGCCUACAGCUCGCUGAAGGAGCUGACGCAGUCCGAGGUCCAGGACGCUGUCACCGAGGCCAUUGAGAACCUGCGCGCCCAGCUGACCAACAAGGGCAGCGACACCGACGCGGUGCCCAAGUACCUGGAGUUCCGGGACGUCGGGCCCUUCCACCCCGAGCAGAGCGCGGAUGCCAUCAGAAACGGCUUCUGGAAGGAUAUGUAUGCCCUGCAGGGGUACCGCAACACUUGGUACAUCUCGGGGCUGUUUGUGCUGAACUCCGCCCAGCUGUGGAAUAAUACCCAGGCGCUGCUGCCGGAGAUUAUUGAUGCGGCGCAGAAGUUGGAGUAGAAGAUGAGGGGUUGGUUUAGACAUUCUUUUUCUUCAUUUCGUCAUUUCCUUCUCUCUUUCCCUCUUUAUCUCUUUCUCAGUCUCAUGCCCCUCGCUCUUUUUUUUUUUGAAUGGCUUUUGUACCUCAU